AUGACUGGUAUGUGCCCCGAUGGAGUUCCGUCGCUCCCUCUCGACUGCGACCCCAAACAUCCUUGGCCACGAUGUCCUCCUCAGACCUAUUGUUUUGCUACGAACAGCGUCGACAUUGGACCCUACUUCUGCUGUCCUGCAACGCCAAGUGCUUCCUUAUCUUCUAACGUCCCAUCGUCAAUAUUCGGGCAAAAGACUCAGGGAUCCCUUCCGAGUCAACAUUCUGUAGAUGGUCAAACAGGGACGUUGCCUUCUGGUCAGGUCAUGGCUACUGGUCAGGGAAUGCCUACUGCUCAGGGGAUGCCUUCUGGUCAGGGCAUGCCUACUGUCCAGGGCAUGCCUACUGGUCAGGGCAUGCCUACUGGUCAGGACUUGUACUCCGGUCAAGUAAUGCCUACUGGUCAGGGCUUCUAUUCCGGUCAGGGCAUGCCUUCUGGCCAGGGCAUGCCUUCUGGUCAGGACUUGUACUCCGGUCAAGUAAUGCCUACUGGUCAGGGCUUCUAUUCCGGUCAGGGCAUGCCUUCUGGCCAGGGCAUGCCUUCUGGCCAGGGCAUGCCUUCUGGCCAGGGCAUGCCUUCUGGCCAGGGCAUGCCUUCUGGUCAGGACUUGUAUUCCGGUCAGGUAAUGUCGAGUGGUCAAGGCUUGUAUUCCGGUCAGGGUUUUCCUUCUGGUCAAUUUUUCCCUGUAAAAGCGAGGAAGCCUGUUGCUAACGAGGACACCAAGAGAAUCAGUAACUCCAUCAAUCAAUGGCUAGAAAAGCGUCAAAGAGAAGAACUUUCCAGCUCACAAGUGUGA